UCAUGUUUUAUGAUCUAACAACAAUGAAAAUACGAAUUAUAAAAAAAUUUCAUAUAAGACGGACAGUCAAAGUUGGACACGGAAACCCAGGGUUUGCCUUUUUUUGAGACGGAGAGAGUAUAUAUUAUUACUCGUAGCGACGACGAGGAAUUAAAUCUCGCUGUUAUUCAGAGUGCAGCGCGAUCAAGCCUGGUUUCGAUUGGGGAGGGGGAAAUUUUAGGCUGUGUUUAGUUCCACGCUAAAGUUGAAAGUUUGAAGAAUUUGGAAUGAUGUGACGGAAAAGUUGAAAGUUUGUUUGUAUAGGAAAAUUCGAUGUGACGGAAAAGUUGAAAGUUUGAAGAAAAAAAAUUAAAAUCUAAACAGGGCCAGGGCCUGACUGUUUUAGAAGAAAGCUGCCACUUUUACCUUGUAAACCCACGUACACAAGCCAUAUAUGGCCCGGAUGGACGGAUGCGAAAAAAGCCAUAUAUGGAGAUGAUAUAAAAGGCUAAAAAUUGUUUCCUGUAGUGCUCUCCGUGCCUCUUUCAAAUCUACAGAUUGCCACUCGUCCAGUCAUCCUCUCCGCGCGCUAUAAAAGGCUAGGAAAUCGCAGCGCCCGCCAUCAACCGAUCGAUCUCCUCUCCCCCGUCUAAUCGAUCUGUUCAAGCGGAUUCCGACGAGACGAUCAAUGGAGGCGCCAUCGGCGUCGGCGUCGGCGGAGGAGAGGCAGCGGAUCGAGCGGGUGGCGCGGUUCGUGGCGCGUGACCGGGACGGCGACAUGGCGGAGGCGCUGCUGCUCCGGCUGUUGAAGAUCACCCGCAACGCCCGCCGCUGGGGAUUCCUCGACCGCGACCACCCCCUCCACCCGUAUUACCUCCAGCAGAAGGUCUCCGAGCAGUGCCGCAUCCUCCGCCCCCGCCCCGCCGCCGCCGCCGCCGGUGAUCGCUGACCAGAUCACGUCCAUGGGACUCUUCUUCUUCUUCUACGCCCACGCGGACACCACCACUUGUGCUCAGAUUUUUUAUUAUUUAAUUUAUAUAUUUUUUUA